ACUUCAUUCCUGAAAGUCUCCUCCCUCCAUCACCAACAACGCCAACCUCACUCCUUGCUCCCAUACACCAGGACCUCUAGAGCAAGUAUGGCGACCAACGGCUCCAUUGCGACUACCCUCAGUCCGACCAGAGACACCUUAACCUCCUCUCAAUUGCUGUCCUCGUCCAUCUCCUCCCUCUCCAACUCCACCUCCUCUUCUCGCCACGGCAGUUCUCAAAUCUCCAAAAUCUACAAACAAGCCUCGACACUCUUCCUCACGCGUCGGCUACCUGAAUCACUGUCGACCAUCUUACCUGUCAUCACCCCACCCGAGGAUACCGGGGCAGGGAUCGAGAAGGCGCCCAUUGCAAAAGCUAGUCGGACAACAAGAAUAAAGGUUUGGAGUUUGUAUCUGACUAUUCUGAAUGCUAUCGCGGAACUGGAUCCGGACGAGGGGAAACAGGCUUUUGGAAGUUCGGAUUGGAGAGCAUUGGUGACCAAAGUGCGGGACGGAGAGGUGUGGGAGGAGGUAGUUAAGAAUGGGUAUGGAGGGGUUGAAGGGGAUGUUGAUUCCGAUGUUGUGAUUAAUUUGUAUGUGCUCUGUCUUCUUAAUAUCCCGGAAACUUGUAUCAAGCGAUGCUAAUAAUGACAGAGCAACCCUUCUUCUCGCCCAUGCGCGCACCCAAAAAAUCAACCAAACACGACUUGAGACCUACCUCGCCGCCUCCACCCAACCUAACCUAGACAUAUCCUCCCGAAUGCAAGAUCACGCCAGAACUCACAAAAGAAACCAUACGGCUAACGGAACCGACACCCCCCGCGAUCUCAAUGCUCGUGUCAAAAUUUUAGAAAUCUACACCCUCCACGUCCUCUUGAAAAACAACGAAUGGGACUACGCCCGAGAAUUCAUAUCAAUCUCCGCCGUCCUGGAUGAAGAACGCCGGGAAGCGUUCCUUCAAGCCCUCCAAACCCUCCAAGAUGAAUAUCUUGAAGCCGAACGACGAGAGAAAGAAGAACGUCGCUACCAAGAAGAACAACUCAAAAAAGAUAUUGAAGACGCCCGCCGCCGACGCCUAGAAAACGAACAGCGGGAGCGAAAGCGAGAAGAGGAAGAACAGCUACGUCGAGGGGGGAGCGAAAUAGAUUACGGAGUCGAAGAACCACGUCCCGGAACCGCACGUUCUGGAAAAUCGAAUUCAGCACGAGGAUCUGUAAACGGUCCUUCUUCGUCUAGGAAACAAACUACUUCUAAUCAUACACCUACUCCUGCGACGAAUCGCAAACCUCCACCCACUAUGUUAGUUAGGAUGACCAAUCUCAUAUCCAACAUCCGCGCACUCAUCUUACAUAAUGUGGUAGGAGGGUUCAGGACUAGACCAAUGUUUCUAGUUCAAAUGCUCGCGUUCAUUAUUGGGAUUUUGGUGGUGGUUAGUAGAAAGGAAGUCAAGACUCGCAUCCGAAAUAUCAUGGCAACGAGUUGGGGGAAGGUAAGUGGGACGGUGAAGAUGGGGGGGAAGGUCAGUUAUAUUUAAUCUUCCUACUUGAGUUUGUUAUUUUCUUCCUUGAGCGGUGAGAUUGAGAUGUGGCUGUGGAACUUAUAAUCAUUAAUUCAUGGAUGUGCAUUGCUGGGAGUCUUUUUCUUUAGGGGGCAAGCGAAGCGAGUUGAGCUGUUAGAAGCGAGGUGUAAGAUGGAAGAGGAGGGAGGGAGUUGUGUAUGAUACUGUCUGUCGUUCCUUUAGAGGAGGUCCCGUCCCCUUUGUAUAUAUGGGUUUCUUUGGGCGUCUGGCGUAUUAGCUGGGGAAGGAAGGGAAGCAUGGAAUUUUGGAAGACAGAGAGAGAGACAGAGAGAGAAAGAUUUGGGUUUUUGGAGAGGAGGGACAACUACACUAUACAACAACAACAAAUGAACAAUCCACUCCUACCUA